UAGAAAACCCUAGUAACUCAUCUUCACCCAAGUACUUGUAGCCUAGUUCUACAAUGUAUUCGACAGCCAGAUCAACGGUGAGGUGCACUCGGCCUCAACAAUCUGCAAGACUUCACAGUGAGCCCAAAGGACAGCUUUAUGAUGAUCGAUCUUUUGAUAAAGAGAAGCCUUCCAAUAAAACUCCUCUGAAAGAGCAAAGCAAGCCAUCGGACUUCAAGCUUCAUACUGAAACAAGAGCUGCCAAGCGAGCAGAAUUCAAUUUUUUUGUUGCAUGUAAGAUGACCAAAUUAGAAAUACAGAAGCAACUAGAAGAGAGGGUGCAGAAGAUUAUAGAAGAAGAAGAGAUUCGGAUGUUGAGAAAGGAAAUGAUCCCAAAAGCCCAAUUGAUGCCAUAUUUUGACAGGCCUUUCUUCCCACAAAGGUCAAGGAGGCCACCAACAAUUCCCAGAGAGCCAAGCUUUCACAUGUUGAACAGCAAAAGCUGGAAAUGCCUUUCAUCAUGUAGUUAGUUCCACAAUUUUCAGCAACCGCAGGCUAUUGUAUGAUGAGGCCUAUUGACCAAGGCAGUAGUGGUGUUGUCGAUAGAUGAUCAUGGCUGAUAAUUGAGAAUAAUACUGUUGUAUACAUAGCAAUAGAUUUUUUUUUUUUUUUG